AGGUCACGCACGGCGUGGGGGGAGGAAGAUGGCGGCGCCCGUGGAAGUCUGUCACGUUGCCUGCAGCGCCAGUCGGGCGGGCGGCGGGGCCGUGUCCUGGGGGCGAGGGGGGCUCUUCGCCUUCGGCAGCUGCCGCGACGUCAUCCUCUACGAGCCGGCGGUGAGGCGGGUGGCCGCCGCGCUCCGCGGGCACGGUGGCAGGGUGAACUGCGUGCGCUGGGUCCGCCGGCGGGACGGCGCUUCUGAAACAGAGUUAAUUUCUGGUGGAUCUGAUAAACAACUCAUUCUUUGGGAGUGGAAUGGAACAGCAGCAUGGAAUGAUCAGCUCGUGAAAAGCAUUCCUCUCAAAGGCCAUGCUGAAGCUGUUUGUGCUGUGGAUGCUGUCUACCAGUCAGAUGAACCUGAUUUAAAUCUGCUAAUAGCUUCUGCAGCUUCUGACUCUACUGUGAGAAUCUGGUCUCGGCAUGGUUCAGAAGCUAAAUGCAUUGAAAUUCUGCAGUUUGGAAAUGGAUUUGUUAUGGAUGUCUGCUUAUCUUUCUUGCCUGGCAGCAAUGUACCAGUACUGGCUUGUGGUGGUGAUGACUGCAAAAUAAGUUUAUUUAUACAGCAGAAUGAUCAGUUUCAGAAAACGUUAAUACUCCCUGGCCAUGAAGAUUGGAUAAGAGGCAUUGAAUGGGCAGCCUGUGGUGAAGACCUUUUCUUAGCGAGCUGUUCUCAGGAUUGUUUGAUCAGGAUUUGGAAAGUGUGUACAAAAUCAAAGCAACUUCCAGAAACUGAAGAUGAUUCCAUAAGACUGAAAGAGAAUGUUUUUACUGUCAAAGAUACUGAUACAACAUAUGCAAUUACUUUGGAGUCGGUGUUGGCUGGUCAUGAAAACUGGGUGUAUGCAGUUCACUGGCAACCUUCAUUUUUCAAAGAUGGCAGCAUGCAACAACCAAUGCGGAUAUUAUCUGCGUCAAUGGACAAAACUGUGAUCGUCUGGGAACCUGAUAAGGAAUCUGGAGUCUGGCUAGAACAAGUUCGUGUAGGUGAAGUGGGUGGUAAUACCCUUGGAUUUUUUGACUGCCAGUUUAGUCCAGAUGGUUCAAUGAUCAUUGCUCAUGCUUUUCAUGGAGCGUUACACCUUUGGAAACAGGCUACAGGUAAUAAGAAAGAAUGGAUUCCAGAAGUUGUGAUUUCAGGACAUUUUAACAGUGUAGAGGAUGUAAAGUGGGACCCAGAGGGAGAGUUUAUCAUCAGUGUUGGUUCUGAUCAAACUACUAGACUCUUUGCUCCAUGGAAAAGAAAACAAGAGACAGAGGUAACCUGGCAUGAAAUUGCAAGGCCUCAAGUACACGGAUACGACAUGCGUUGUCUGGCAAUGAUUGGCCGGUUUCAGUUUGUGUCAGGAGCAGAUGAAAAAGUGCUUCGAGUUUUUCGUGCUCCCAAGAAUUUCAUAGAAAAUUUCAGUAACAUCACUGGUAUUCCAAUGGAGAAGCUGUGCUCCCAUCAAUCAGCUGAUCUUCCAGAAGGUGCAACUGUGCCAGCUUUGGGAUUAUCCAAUAAAGCUGUUUUUGAAGGAGAUAUGGCUGUUCAACCAGCUGAGGAUGAAGAAACAUUUAAUACCAUUUCGAAUCAGUAUCCUGAGAUUUAUUUUCAACCCUUGAUCCUUACAGAACCUCCCCCAGAGGAUCACUUGCUGCAGAAUACUUUGUGGCCUGAAAUUCAGAAGUUAUACGGACAUGGAUAUGAAAUUUUUUGUGUUGCUUGCAAUAAUUCAAACACUGUAAUUGCCUCAGCAUGUAAGGCUUCCAAAAAAGAACAUGCAGCAAUUAUUCUGUGGAGCACUGCUUCUUGGAAGAAACUGCAGAGUUUGUCAUUUCACAAUCUGACUGUUACUCAGCUGGCAUUUUCUCCUAAUGAGAAAUUUUUAUUAGCGGUUUCUAGAGACAGGAAUUGGUCACUGUGGAGGAAACAAGACUCAUCAGAGUCGGGACCAGUCUUCAGUUGCUGUGCAUACACAGACAAAAAUACAUCUGUUCACAGUCGAAUCAUUUGGUCUUGUGAUUGGACACCAGAUAGCAAGUAUUUUAUUACUGGCAGUCGGGACAAAAAGGUCAUUAUCUGGGGCCAUUGUGAUUUAUCUGUGAAUACUGAAGGGAAUAUGUUGGAUUCAAUCAAGCCUUGUUCAACAGUACUGGAUGCUGGGGAUUCUGUUACUGCUGUUAGUAGCAGCCAUGUGCUUACUCCUGAUGGAAGAUAUAUUGUUGCAGUAGGCUUAGAGAAUGGGAAGAUUACGUUGUACACAUGGAAGCAGAGUGGGCAAGAACCAGCACUAGCUGGUUGGACCACGUGUGUUGAGAUGGAUAACAGCCAAAGUCAUGCUCUUGCUGUGAAACGUUUAUGUUGGAGACAUCAUGCAGGCAGAGCUGGACAUAAUGAUCAGAACAACAGUGUGUUUUGGAAGAUGGAGUUAGCCUCCAUACUUUGCAAGUUGCUUUUAUCACCUUCUUUAUAGCAGAUGGUUCAAUGCCAUAGAAUAAAUAAAUACAAAGUCGAGGUAAGUGUAGUCUUAUUUACUUCUUUCCGUUUCUCUUCAAGACUAUCAGAUAAGCCCUGCCAACUCCAAUCUUGGGGAGCUCCAACUUUUCACAACACAGCCUCUAAUGUUGCAUUUGUUUUCCCUUAAUGUGAUGCAAGAUGAUGUCCAAUAGUCAGGGGUAAAACCUUGCUGUCUGAAAUCAUGAUGGUUCCAGCCUUGCCACUACCGUUUCCUGCCGGUCCUAAGGUAGGGUGUAAGGAUGUUAUUCAAAGGAUUGAUAGGCCAGAGGCAAAUGGUACACAUCAAAAUACACCCGUCUAUAGCAGCCUUAUCCUCUGCAUGAAUUUUCUAACUAGUAGCAUGGUACAGAUUUCUGAGUUUCUGUCUACAUUUCUGUUAUCACUUUGGACAAGAGCAGUGUGUUUAUUUUAACUCCCUGUGAUCUAGCAGGACACAAAGGUGAUGCAACAUCCCCUGUAAGCUGAGGCUCUCCACAGCGCUAUUCACACUUUACUGUUCCAGCCUUUUUAACCAACCUUUGCACUGAAAAUGCACAGAACUGGGUCUGUGCAGGUUUAGAGAGAUAAGCUGCUUAGUGCCUCUGCAGCCCUCAGGUGCUACUUUCUGAAGCACCACAGGCUGAUUGACAUUUGUCUCAUAUACCUUACUACUAAAUACUAACGUAGGUUAAUUAGAUGUUGCCAUAAGCACUGUUGCAGAUGAGGCCUUGUUUCCCACAGACUUGGGUCCUUUGCAGAUUAUGAGUUUUCAUUAUUUUUCCUGUGAUUAGUUACUUUUCACAGCUUUUAUGUGUAGAUUUUCAUCCCCAGCAUGUGAGCUCGAGGUGCAGCUUCUUGUCUAGACACUGAUGGAAUUUUUUUGUUCUUUUUCAAGUCUAUAAAAUCUGUGGAUUUUUUCUUUUGAAUACUCUACCUUACAGACAGACCUGGGUGGAGAUGAUCCAGUUGAUUAAAAUAAGGCAUAAGGGUGCAUGCCUUGUGUGUAGUCUGAGAGACAGGUUUGAUGUACUCUUUAAGAUCAGGGUAAAAAACGCAAUUUACAAAUAUGUAACUAAAGCUCUGACAAAAUGCCGACACACACCUCAUAUUUUGCUCUUAUGCAAUUAGUGCUUUAACUGAUUUUUUUUAAUGAUGGUCUUUACCAAUAGGUGUAAAGCUUUCAUGAUACCAAAGUAAAAACAACACAAGAACAUUCAUCUUUAAAAUUGGAAAGUAUAAUAGUGGUAUUGGGGCUUAUCCUCAGUCUCAAUUCCAGGAAGCAAAUUGCUUCUUACACUGCAGCUGGUGGGUAAGUUUCCAAUUUUUUUAUUUUUUAUAUCUAAAUUUUAAAAUAUGAGCUGUUUCAUCUUUCCGCAUCAAGUGUAUGUAGCCAUAAAUAUAUUUCAAAAGCCUGUAAUCAUUCCAGUCUGAAUCUCAAUGGCAUCUGCUUUCAAAUACUACACACCAUAGUGUUUAUUUCCGCUCAGAUUGUCAUUGUAAAGUUACAUUGCUGCUUUACAUCCCCUUACCUGGUUCAAAGGCGAUGUAAAUAAGCUGGUGCCAUUAGCUCCUCCAGGGUGUCCCAUUAAAGACCACCUGGAGAACGCACCAUUAGGAAGGAGAGUAUCAUAUUCUGCCGCGGCAAAUCUCAAUUCUAGCAUCUUUAGAUUUAUCACAGAGCAAAGAUGUUUAAAGACUUCCUUAAGAUUACAGAUUAAAAAGCUAUUAUACAGGAAAGACAAAAGAAGAAAACAUUUUGUAGUUUUUCCCUGUUGGUUUAGUGAACAUGUUCCUGCUACUAAAGUAGAGCUCUAAAUUAUUUAAAGGUCAAAAAUAAAAAGACUCGACACUGGUCAAAUAAUUUAAAAGAAAAAAUUCUAAAAUACUAUGCACUAGAAGAAAGCGUAAUAAACUGUAGUCUUCUGGACUAGGCUGAAAUAAUGCUUUAAGAAAUAAGCUGUUGGCAAUAUACGUGGUGCUCCGAAAUUCUCUGUUUAUUGUAUAGUGCCAUUGAGAAUGGAGUUGAAAAAAUUGAUGGAAUAAACUGAAGUUCUGUAAAGAAUAUUCUAAUGCCUUUUGAUAUAUUUGAGAUAAAGCCAUCCCACGAAUACUUUGGAUGCACACUAUCAGAAGUAUUUUACUGGCCUAUGUUUGUUCUGAGGAGACUUCAUGGCCAAGAAUAUGAACAAACUGUUUUAUGUAGUUGGAUUUAAAGGAUUGUCUUCACUUACAGUAGAGGCAUCUGUGAAUAAGCAGCAAGAAAUGGUGUGUGUCUUGUUUAUAAUCUGAAAUCUAUAACCAAAAUCAAAUGGUUAUUGAGAUUAUCCAGAGCCAUCUUAAAUCUGUCAGUCCAGAAUGUUGGCAUCCUCAAGUCUGUGUUGGACUGAAAAGGCAUGCUAACACUGACUUAAAUGGCGAGGAUGCUGUGGAGUCCACUGGGAUCCAGAGGACAAAAUGAGCUGCUUGUGUAAGCUGGGAAGAUGAGAGAAGCUGACAUUCAGCCUUAGGAACACCUGUGGCAGGCUCUCUGAGCACUGCUGCCAGUAGCAAGCUAAUCGAUUGUGCCCAUUUCUUCAGUUAUGAAAUGGGAAAGAAGGAAGAGGUUCCACAUCAUGCUAAGACUUAGGAAAAAUAAAAGUACAAUCUGCUGUCAUCUGUCUUGUGGGUUGGGACUUCAGAAGUAACUAGAAGCUAGUGAAAAUUUCAAGGAAGCCAAUUACUGAGCUCUCAGCUAUUGAAAACAUCACUUUGGCAACUCUGAGUAAUCUCUGUUUUCCCAAAUAUUUAAUGGGAAGAAAUGAGAAUGCUCUAAGGCUCACUGCCGAUUGCAGCUAUUGCAGAGAUGAGGAGGAAACAGCUGUGUCCUCAUUUAGACUCAAAUCUCACUUUAAAGAAGUGGCUGUUGCAAAUAAGGAAACUUUAAAAUAACUGAAAUGGGCAGCAAAAAUAUUGCUUGCUCUGUUUUAAGGAGCAUCUGGAGCUGUGCAAAGGAUGAGACAAAAUUUCUGACAGUACAAAAAUCAGAAUUUGCCUUUAGUGCAUUAAGAAGCUGUUAGAGGUGGGAGUGUUGAGCACAGUUUAGCAAUGCUCUACUACUGCUAAUUUACUCAGAGUAUGUUAUCAGGAUCUACGGCAGUAGUUUCGAAGUGGUAGGGCAGCGUGUUAACCCCGUGAUUUCCUCACCUUGACCAUUCCCUCUUGUGCCCUGUACAUCCUUGUACAGUCGUGGGACCUUCCUUCAGAUACUCCUUUUCCCCUGCCUUUGUGCAGAUUCCACUUACUCUGCUUCUGCCUUCUCUGGUAGAAAGCUGAAGGGCUGUGGGCUCCCUUUGCCAGUCCCUGGUGCUCACACUUGAGCACAGUUUCUGCUCUUGGCUUGUGUGACCAGCUCUGGUGACUGUAUUCAAGUAGUUUGUAUUCAAUGGCAUUUUCAGUCUUUGCUAGCAUUGUCAUUUUAUUUUCUGCAGUAACUCAUCUACACUGUAAUGCAGCAAUAAAACUAAAAAUGACCUCUCACUCAUUCUGGAAGGAAUUUAGGGUAGACCAUAGGACAAAGCCUGAUGCUGUACCAUAAUAAUAGGCCUAGCUCCAGUACUUAGGGGUAGCUGAACAAACCGGGCAUGACCUGGACUUGAAGUCCUCUAAGAGAGCAGCUCCAUGUAAUUUGUGUUUGUGUGACUCAGCCUACAUUACCACUGCACAGAGGAGAGGAGGUGUUAUGCCCGAGGUAAUUGCCAUGUUGCGGAAGUGUCUCCCUUAUAUAGACUCCAGUUGAUCCCAGCUGAAAUAACAAGGGUUGCAGCAAACAGAUUUUUACUGCAGAGGAGCUAUUUCCCCUUGAAUCAAGGGCUUGUGCAAACAAGGAUGCCUGAUCUUCUGUUUUUUUACUAAGCCUUUUCUCUCUUUGCUCACCCACUCUUCUAAGACAGUGUUUUGCCGCCUUAGUCCCUUCUCCAUUCUUGCAGGCCGCUAAAUCCUCAUAUAAUCAAUCCUUAUUUCCUCAACAUCCUCUUACCUCUUCCUAUUGUUCUUGUAAGAUAAUCCUAUGCUUUUUCAUAGGUGAUCCUAAGAGAGUUUGUAUAUGUUGAGUAUAACAUUCUCUUGGUAUUUUCUCUUCUGCAUUCUAUCUCUCUGUGUCUUAUUCUUCCUCUGCUGAGUUCGGGCUUUUGAUAUUUACAUAGGCUGUCCAGUCUCAUUACCUCGUUUUUCCCUGUCAGCAAAUUACUGGCGUAUGUAUGAGCAGCAUUCCUUCCCUCCCUCCCUUGCUAAAGCACAAGUUGUCUACCUGCCACGGGGGGGAAUUUUUCUCCUCUACAAAAAUGAAUUGACUGCAGUCUCCCCAAAGGUAACUCGUCCAGUACUUUUCAAGAUAAAGCAAUCGUUAUGUUUGCCUUUCCAUUUCAUAAUCUUGGAGAGUCUACAUCCUAGGAGUUUUCAUAUAAAGAUGUGUAUCUCAAAGUAUAUCUGUUGUUGAGGACAUCUGUACUCCACAGACACGCUUUUUAGAGCGUAGAAGCUUUCUGCUGUGUAAGACCUUUGCUCUGACAUGGCAGGCAGUCCUAUAUGGGGCAGCCACCUAUUGAUUCUCUGGAUGCUGGAAGUCUUCACCACUGUCAGCAGAGAGCACAGAGCUGCACCACACGUUUCUCUUUCUCUGCAGGAGAGGUUCAGCCAAGAAGGUUGAAAAAGCUGCAGUGCAGGAUGCGCCUGGGAUGUCUGUAUGCUGCUCUGUGUAAGUCUUCAGGGUGGGUCUCUCUGACCUACACAGGCGCUAAAAGUGCUGUGUAGGAACCUACCACAGGUACUUCAGUCAUACUUCUUUUCUGGUGUGUGCAUACAGUCUCUCUGCAUCACAAGUGUUGCUGUGCCUUCAGUAACAGUUCCAGUUCACUAAGCCCAUUAGGAUUAGUUGAGGUGGGAGCCCCUCUACAGCUGGUGAGCGUAACUCCUACAGUUACAGCUAUGUGAAACUCUCUGUAGGAGAGUAGUACUGAAAAUUGUUAGCACAGUUUUUGCUAACUGAAAUAGAAAUACAUUGUGGUUGACAGAGCAGUAGGGUCAUAGGGUUAUUAAAAUAGUAAAGGAGCUCAAGAAGCCUGUAGUCUAAGCUUCUGCUCCAGGCAGGGUCAGCCGUGAGAUCAGGCCAGGCUACUCAGAGCUUCAUUCAUUCUGGUCCUGAAAAUCUCAAAGGAUAGAGGCUGUGCAGCCUCUUUGAGCAACCCCUUUCACUGCUGACUGUCUUCACGGUGAAAAAGUUUCUUCUUAUAUCACCUCUGAACCUCUCCUGUUUCACCUUAUACCAUUUCUUCCUGCAGCUUACCACUAUGAAGAGCUGGGCUCCAUCCUCCUCCUUAGGUAUCAGAAUGCUGCUACUAGGUACCCCCAAAGCCCUCUCUUCCCCAGGCAGAACCAGCCCCAUCCCUCUGCCUCCCCUUACAGGGCAACUGCUCCACCUCCCUCAGCGCCUUGGUGGCCCUCUGAUGCGCUUGGCCCAGCUUAACAUCUUUCCAGUACUGGGGUGCCCCGAACUGAACCAGUACUUAUGGUCCCAUUACAAUAGACCAGUUUAAAGUCUAUUGUACAAUUUCUUCCGCUAUGAAGUCCAAGUCUAUAAUGCUUUCUUCUUUAAACUAGCCUUAUUAUGUCCCUUUCCUACAGUAUUCUUUUACAUGUGCUUGGCUGUGUGUGGUGGCAAUGCAACCCUGAGACUGAGAGCUGCAGAUUUUAACAUGUCUCUGGAGACCUGGAGCCUUUCUGUAUCCACUAUGCAGUGUACUCUGGCAACUCUGAGAUGUGAACACAGACGUGGCUCCAACCAUGUGGCAACACUGCUUCUGGGAACAGAAGAGCCCUCUUCAUGCUAGUGAAGUGUCCUUGCACCGUGUUUCCACCACUAGCGAGGUGGCAAGGGCAGAAGGAAGAGAUGGUAGUUUGGCUCUGGCUGGAAGCUCUGCUCGUCUCCUGCCUCCAUCUGAGCGUGGGUUGCCAGCCCAAGCGGGUGGCCAGAGCCCACAGCAGAGCUGCAGUCCAUAUUAACCAUUUCCCUGUGACCUGGGGUGGCCCUUGCAGCCGUUUAUUUAGAUAAUCAAGAGCUGACUAUACUACACACAAACUAUAGCAUUGGUGGUAAAUCCAAACAGCCCCUAACCACUACAAAUUCUAUAUUAAAAAAGUACUUAUCUUCCAUCUCAGAGGAAAAGUAAUGAAUGCUGUUUUAAAUGCCUAAACUGUGGUCAUUUAACUGAGAAAAUUGGAGUUUAUUGUUUCUAUAUGCCUAGGACCACCAGGUGGCAAUAUAAGAAAAAGGAUAAGUGCCUGUCUCCGGCAUCUGCCAUGUCUACCCAAAAAAUCAAAAUAAAUUACAAAUAUAUUCAAAGACAGGUAUUUGGCCUCCUCUGAGUUGUUUAAAUGCAGUGUUCCAGUGAUAAGCGUUUUUCAUCAUGAAAUGCUGAUUUUGAAAGCAUUCUUCUCAUUUGGUCCUGCAGUUGGGAUAACUGUACCGCUUCAGAAAAUGAUGAGCACCUCUUAAUCACACAGGGCCUUAUUGUUUGUUGCAUACAUUCUCCUCCUCCACAACAUCUCAAUCUGAAGAGUAUAUAAAAAAUUGUCAUUUUCUUACUUUACCUUGAUGAAGUGUAAAAUGGGACUUAUUUUCCUGCAUGUUUCCCUUUCUGUGUUUUGUAUUCUGAAGGGUUGUGUAACCAUGUGGAUGCCCAGGAAAGGUUUAAUCUCAUGAAGUCCCAUGCACCUCCUGAAGGUAGCUGUGAUUUGUAAGUAAGUGAAGAGUGAGCCUAUUGGAUCAUAUGAUGAAACUCUCCCAGACUCCAGUGACUUACGUUUCAGGAACAUCUUAAACCAGAGGAAGUCUCCUUUUGCUUAUUAGCAAAAUUUUAUUUUCCUUUCAUGGGUUUGUCCAAUUGCUUUUUGAAUCCAUGCGAGCCUGUAAUUCCCCCAGUGACUAGUGAGAAAGAAUUCCCCAAGUUAAGUCUGUGCCAAUAAGAAGAUGCAUCUCUUGUUUGUUUUGAACACUUAAUGCCUCCUUGUUAUUGUAUUAGAAAAGGAUUAGUUGUUUUUCACUGUCUCCUUGUCAUUCCUGAUUUUAUAUACCUCUAGCAUAUUCCCCACCCAUGGAUUUCUUCUCUGGUCUGAAGAGUCUGCUGUAAUUAAGUGUCCCUUUUAUGGCAGCUGUACUCUUCGUUUCACCAAACUUAUUGCCUCUUCUUCAGCACUACCAUAUUUCUACUAAAUAUUCUACCAUAUUCUAAUAAAUAAAGAAGUAUUUAUUACUCUU